AUGGAAACGGAAAAUAUCCUUAGCCGGUCAACUCAACACCGGCAAUCGCCAACGACCAGCACAACCCACAUGGAAAUAGGGGAACCUUCCAGAAACCCAAUCUCGCAAGCAAGCACUCUCCAAAAGGUUACACGUGUGGACAAAUGUAUGGGCCCGGGGAAAGGAAAAACUCUACCCUUUGCUGUCAAUCUGGAGCAUGAAUUGAAUGGUAGAAAGAAUCGGCCAGUGGUUAUCCUCUCCAAAUCGGCAACCAAAACUCCUGCCACAACCGCCCAAAAGAAGCCCCAGAACAUUAAAUUCUCCCCUCAGAAGGUGCAGCAGAAGCCGAAGCUGGAGGAUGCGCAAGGCAAUAUCCACACAAUCAAAACAACCAACUCUGAUUAUGAAGAACUACAGGAAAUUCCUUUCACAGGCAAUACUUUCACGUGGUGCAACAACAGGAAAGGUGAUAAGAGAAUAGUGGAAAGACUUGACCAGGCUUUCGCUACACCAGGAUGGCUUGCUAAAUUCCCUUGGGCAAAUGUUGUAAAUAUGCCAAUUCUAACCUCAGACCAUGACCCCAUGAUUUUAAAGACAACUCAAGACUGA